AGCUUCGGCAAAAUAGUUCGGAGUAAAUAACGUCUUUAUUUCUAGUUGAAUAUAUAAUAAAAUGGGAAUAGGCGAUGCAACUGUCGAAGAGUUUAUGGAAAUGGAUUGGGGAGAUCAUUCUACUGACGAUGAUGCCAAAGUGAAAACCUCAAAGCCAGAGAGAAACAAAAAGAAAACAAAGCGUAAGAAGAAACCUGCCCAACCUCAAGCUGAACAGGAUGAAAAUAUUGCUGACACAACUGUAAAGGUCAAAAAACAGAAUGAUGAAACCACAAAAAAGCAAGUGAUAAAAAAGCAGAACAAUAAAAAGCCAACUCUCGGAAAACAAUCAGGAACUUCUCAUCAAGAACAACUUAAUGCUUUAAAAGAAAAAGAUCCGGAAUUUUACAAGUUUUUACAGGACGAGGAGUCCGGUUUGCUUAAUUUUGAAGACAAUCUCGACUUGGAUGCUUCGUCCUCCGAAGACGAAGAUGCAGUUCACCAACUUCCUGAUCAUCUGGAGGAAGCAUCCGACAGCGAUGUAGAUGUUGGUAUGUCUGAGGAUGAAGAAGAAGAAGGUGAUGACAUGGAUCAGGAGAACAGGAAGAAGAAAAAACUGAUAACGGUCACAGAAGAGAUGGUACAAGAGUGGCAGAACCACUUGCUUACUGAGGUCCCAUCAAUGUCCUCGCUUCGUGAGUUAAUCAAGGCGUUUCAUGCCGCGCUUGUGAGAGUAGAUGCUGCUGAACCUGAAGAGAAAGAGAAAAAAGGGAAAAAGAGGAAAAAAAGCGCGACACCCAAGCUAAAAUACAAGGUUAUAGGUGCUGCUACAUUUAACUCAGUGGUUGGGCUAUGCAUUCGAACAAUUGUACCAACACUGGCCAAACUUCUUAACUACUUUCCUAAAAAAAUGAAGAAAACUAAAAAACAGAAAGCACCUCUCCCAUCUACAUGCAAAAAGUGGGCAAUUAUUCGUGAAGACGUACGCAUCUAUCUCGCUGAUGCGGUCACGCUUGCACGCACACUGCUCGAACCAUCAGUGACGCGUGUCUUCCUACGACACCUCCUGCUACUUCUUCCAUAUUUUAUCAGUUUCCCAAAGAUUUCGAAAACCCUGCUGAAGUUGCUGAUCCGACAGUGGAGUUCGGCAGAAAACGAGAGUGUUCGCGUUUUAGCUUUUCUUUGUAUUACAAGACUUAUAACUAUGGAAAAGGAGAGGUUCUUGGAAAAUACAAUGAAACAAACAUAUGUAAGUUACGUGGCAAACAGUAAAUUCACUUCUCCCUCCACCCUCCCAAUGAUAAACUUCAUGCAACGGACGUUUGCUGAGAUAUGCAGUGUAGAUGCCAAUGUCACCUACCAGUUUGCUUUCCUCUAUAUUAGACAACUUGCCGUACAUCUUCGAAAAGCAAUUACAACGCAAAGCAAGGAAACUCGUCAAACUAUCUACAACUGGCAGUUCGUGCACUCUAUCGGCAUCUGGUGUCGUGUUUUAUCUGUCAAUCAUCCAAAUGAAACUUUGCAAGCGCUUAUAUACCCCCUUGUACAAGUGGCCAUUGGUACAAUUGAACUUGUUCCCACGGCCCGAUUCUUUCCUCUCCGUUUCCACAUCACGCGAUCCCUGAUCUCACUUGGAGAUUGCACGAACACGUUCAUUCCUCUCCUCAACUUCAUCAUGGCUCCUCUGCAUCUUAACGAGUUUGCCAAAAAGCAAUCUGGUGUUUCAAUUCGUCCAUUAGCAUUUGAGACGAUACUAAAAUUGUCAAACUCUCAACUUAAAGAAAAGUCAUAUAGGGAUGGUGCAAUGGACCAAGUUUACGACUUAUUCAUGGCUUACUUCAACACACAAGCCCACACAAUUGCUUUCCCAGAACUUGCUGUACCUUCUGUAGUAAUGUUGAAGAAAUUUAUCAAAAAAUGCAAGAACACAAACUACUUAAAAAUGAUGAAGCAAAUAGUAGACAGAGUGCUUGAGCAGGGAGAAUUUAUCACAAAAAAGCGUUCGGACGUCACGUUUGCUGUGACUGAUGUUGCUGCUGUUGUUGCUUGGGAAAACGAAUUAAAAGGAACUGAGAUGCCGUUUACUAAACAUUAUGCCACGUACAGGAAAAACAGGGAGAGAGAACUUAGUCAGCAAAUUGCUGACAAGGACAGGAAUGUGGAAGAGAAUCUUCCGGCGAUUGAAAGAACAAAACUGAUGGAGCAGUCGAAGCCCGCGGAUCGUGAGGAGUUCGGGGAACUCUUUGUUGGAAGUUCAGAUGAAGAAGAUGCGAAAGCUGACUUUGAAAGAGCAAUCCAAGAGGGUCGCCCAAAAAAACGAAAAUUGGAUGAAAUAAUCGCUGACAAGCCACCAAGUGAAGAUUCUCCUUCUGAUGCUGAACUUGACGAUGAAGAAUAUGAUGAAAGUGAAGAGGAAGAGGAAAUUGAAGAGAAGGAAAUUAAAAAAGUGGACAUGAGUAUGGAAGCCGAUGAGGCCGACAUUGUAGAAGAUUUUCGUUUUUCCGACAGCGAUUAAUCAAAUAAAUAAACCUGGAGACCGAGUUGUUUUUCAA